GCGGGGGUCGCAGGGGCGGGGGUGGCAGGGGAGCGGGUGGCAGCCCCGCGGGUCACAGCGCCGCCGCCCAUGCUGCUACCCCUAGCCUGCCUGCACGGCCGCGUCGCUCAGUGCCUGACCUCCUUGCUUUUGCUUGCAGAGCCGCUCCCGAGGCCCCGGCGCGGCGCGAGGGCGCGGGGCGCGGCGUCCAUAGGCGCCGAGGCUGCCCCCGCCGUCCCGCCCGCGAAGAUGGCGGCGGAACUCUACGCUCCCGCCAGCGCCGCGGCCGCGGACCUAGCCAACAGCAACGCCGGCGCCGCCGUGGUCAGGAAGGCCGGGCCGCGUAGCCCGCCCAGCGCCCCCGCGCCCGCGCCGCCGCCGCCCGCGCCCGCGCCGCCCACACUCGGCAACCACCACCAGGAGAGCCCCGGCUGGCGGUGCUGCCGCCCCACGCUGCGCGAGAGGAACGCGCUCAUGUUCAACAACGAGCUCAUGGCCGACGUACACUUCGUCGUGGGGCCCCCGGGGGCGACCAGGACGGUGCCUGCCCACAAGUACGUCCUGGCUGUCGGCAGCUCGGUCUUCUAUGCCAUGUUCUACGGAGACCUGGCGGAAGUCAAAUCUGAAAUUCACAUUCCAGACGUGGAGCCCGCAGCCUUUCUGAUCCUGUUAAACCCCGCAAUGGGUGCUUGGGAGCCAGCCCCUGACGCGGGCCCUGCCUCGCCUAGGUACAUGUACAGUGAUGAGAUCGAUCUGGAAGCUGACACGGUGCUGGCCACUCUGUACGCUGCUAAGAAGUACAUUGUCCCAGCAUUGGCAAAAGCCUGUGUCAACUUUCUGGAGACAAGUUUGGAAGCCAAGAACGCCUGCGUCCUGCUGUCCCAGAGCCGGCUGUUUGAGGAGCCCGAGCUGACGCAGCGCUGCUGGGAGGUCAUUGAUGCACAGGCCGAGAUGGCCCUACGGUCCGAAGGCUUCUGUGAGAUAGACCGGCAGACGCUGGAGAUCAUUGUCACUAGGGAGGCCCUCAACACCAAGGAGGCGGUGGUCUUCGAGGCUGUCCUGAACUGGGCUGAGGCGGAGUGCAAGAGGCAGGGCCUGCCAGUCACCCCACGAAACAAGAGGCAUGUUUUGGGGCGAGCCCUUUAUCUGGUCCGAAUUCCAACCAUGACCCUGGAGGAGUUUGCCAACGGCGCUGCCCAGUCAGACAUCCUGACUCUGGAGGAGACCCACAGCAUCUUCCUGUGGUACACGGCCACCAACAAGCCCCGUCUGGACUUCCCCCUGACCAAGAGGAAGGGCCUCGCCCCGCAGAGGUGCCACCGAUUCCAGUCUUCUGCCUACCGCAGCAACCAGUGGCGGUACCGCGGGCGCUGCGACAGCAUCCAGUUUGCAGUGGACAGAAGGGUAUUUAUUGCAGGGCUGGGCCUGUAUGGAUCCAGCUCUGGGAAGGCUGAGUACAGCGUGAAGAUUGAGCUCAAGCGGCUUGGGGUGGUUCUGGCUCAGAACCUGACCAAGUUCAUGUCAGACGGAUCCAGUAACACCUUCCCGGUCUGGUUUGAACACCCGGUCCAGGUUGAACAAGAUACCUUCUACACGGCCAGUGCCGUCCUGGACGGCAGCGAACUCAGCUACUUUGGGCAGGAGGGGAUGACGGAAGUGCAGUGUGGAAAGGUGGCCUUCCAGUUCCAGUGCUCCUCGGACAGCACCAAUGGGACUGGGGUCCAGGGUGGACAGAUCCCUGAGCUCAUUUUCUAUGCCUGAGGUGCCCGGGGAGGCUGCAGCAGGUCGGCGAGUGAGUGGAGGGGAAGUCAAGAUGCUAACUGCUUCUUGACACUGUGAAAGGCUGCUCUUAACCUUGUCUCUCUUUGACACGUAGUCAGCUGAAGCUUGAUUGUGUAAAGUAGAGACCUUUUCCACAUAGCCAGAGCCCAGGGAUUGGAGUCUUAGGCAUCUCUGGUACACUGAGGUGCACAUCUCAGGUGGAGGAAGAUUUAGGGCUCAAGACAGGCCCCAGAUCCCCUCCCAGUGGCACCCACAGCACCUGCUUUGAGGGGUUGGAUGUUCCUGCUACCCUCUUGGGUUCUAAGUGCUUCCAAGCUUGAGACCCUCCCUUCAAAUCUAAAAUCGGCAAAAAGUCACUUAAAAUAGCGGACUUCUGUAAUAAAGGUUGCCUAAAAUAACA